GCCGGCCGGGAAGCCGGGCGUUGCGUGACGAAGAGGCGCGUGACGGAGGAGCGGUUGGCGAUGAUAUAGCGGCAGUCGGUGUAAACAAGGCCUCGGGCAGCUGCGUCCUGCGACCGUUCCUGGCUGGUGGGUGGUCUAGCGCGGACCGUAACCUCUGGCUCCAGCGGCUGGUGCUUCCCGGCGUCCUCCUGCCUCCUCUUUGAUGUACGCACCCCCGGCACCCCACGUGGGCGUGAGGCAGAGGAAGGAGGGCGGUCGGCCGAAUUCUAACCUCAUUGGCUGUCACUGCUGCCUUCUUUCGCAAGAGACCGCUCUGAUUGGUCGGUAUGGGGGGCGUCGGAGGUCUCUGAGUCCUAAAGCUUCUGAUUGGCUAGAUGAGAUAAGCUAGUGCGGCACUUUCUUCCGCGAGGGGUUUUUAUUGGACAGCCGGAGUGGUUACCUGAGACUUCACUUCCCCCAGGGACUUUGAUAGGUGAGUUUGGGGUAGAAAACUGAGAAAUUCUUCAAAUUAUUUUCAUUGGUGAGUUAGGGUAGCGCCUUAGCCUUUACUCUGCAUUCUUUGCUUCACAAGAUUGGGAAAGAUUUGUGUUCCUGAAGGCUUGGGAGUUGUCACUUGCUAAAGAGAAGGGAUCUGAGUUCCUAGGAAGGGUCAUUCUCCUAGAAAUAGUUACCGCCCGAUCUCAGGAGAUCCUGAUAUUUCUAGAGCAGGCUUUGCUUCACUAAACCCAAGGAGUUGACAGGAAGAGCCCCUGCACAGGUCCUAAGGAUGCUGUGAGCAGAAGAUGGGAUCACGGAACAGCAGCAGUGCAGGAUCCGGGUCCGGAGACCCCUCUGAGGGCUUGCCCCGAAGAGGGGCUGGCCUUCGACUGAGUGAGGAAGAGGAAGAGGAGGAUGAAGAUGUGGAUCUGGCCCAGGUACUGGCCUAUCUCCUCCGCAGGGGUUCCCCCCUUUAUCAUGGGGGUUCUCUCAACAGAGGCCAAGUGAGGUUGGUGCAGGGCGGAGGUGCAGCAAAUUUGCAACUCAUCCAGGCCCUCUCUGACUCAGAGGAAGAGCAUGACAGUGCCUGGGAUGGUCGCCUGGGGGACCGAUACAACCCACCUGUGGACGCAACCCCUGACACCCGAGAGCUGGAACGCAAUGAGAUCAAGACACAAGUGGAAUUGGCCACAGGGCGUCUGGGUCUCAGGCAGGCAGCCCAGAAGUACAGCUUUCCUCGAAUGCUGCACCAGAGAGAACGGGGCCUCUGCCACCGGGGAAGCUUCUCCCUUGGAGAACAGUCUCGAGUGAUGUCUCACUUCUUGCCCAAUGAUCUGGGCUACACUGACACCUACUCUCAGAAGGCUUUCUGUGGUAUCUACAGCAAAGAUGGUCAAAUCUUCAUGUCUGCUUGCCAAGACCAGACUAUCCGACUGUAUGACUGCCGGUAUGGCCGCUUCCGUAAAUUCAAGAGCAUCAAGGCCCGGGAUGUAGGCUGGAGUGUCCUGGAUGUGGCCUUCACCCCUGAUGGAAACCACUUCCUUUACUCUAGCUGGUCUGAUUACAUUCAUAUCUGCAGCAUCUACGGGGAGGGAGACACACACACUGCCCUGGAUCUAAGGCCAGAUGAGCGUCGCUUUGCUGUCUUCUCCAUUGCCGUCUCCUCAGAUGGACGAGAAGUGCUAGGAGGGGCCAAUGAUGGCUGCUUGUAUGUCUUUGACCGAGAACAGAACCGGCGCACCCUUCAGAUUGAGUCCCACGAGGAUGAUGUGAAUGCAGUAGCCUUUGCUGACGUAAGCUCCCAAAUCCUGUUUUCCGGGGGAGACGAUGCUAUCUGCAAAGUGUGGGAUCGACGCACCAUGCGGGAGGAUGACCCCAAGCCUGUGGGUGCACUGGCUGGACACCAGGAUGGCAUAACCUUCAUUGACAGCAAGGGCGAUGCCCGAUAUCUCAUCUCCAACUCUAAAGACCAGACCAUCAAGCUUUGGGACAUCCGGCGCUUUUCCAGCCGGGAAGGCAUGGAAGCCUCACGCCAAGCUGCCACACAGCAAGACUGGGACUACCGCUGGCAGCAGGUGCCCAAAAAAGCCUGGCGGAAGCUGAAGCUCCCAGGGGACAGCUCCUUGAUGACCUACCGGGGCCACGGAGUGCUGCAUACCCUCAUCCGCUGCCGGUUCUCCCCCACCCACAGCACUGGGCAACAGUUCAUCUAUAGCGGCUGCUCUACCGGCAAAGUGGUUGUGUACGACCUCCUAAGCGGCCACAUCGUGAAGAAGCUGACCAACCACAAGGCCUGUGUGCGUGACGUCAGUUGGCACCCCUUUGAGGAAAAGAUUGUCAGCAGUUCGUGGGACGGGAACCUGCGUCUGUGGCAGUACCGCCAGGCUGAAUACUUCCAGGAUGACAUGCCAGAGUCUGAGGAAUGCCCCAGUGCUCCCACCGCAACACCUCACCCUUCAACCACCUUUUCCUCUCCUCAGUAGAUCUGACCUCCAGCUUCAUACAUGGGUGAGCCUUUUGACGAGCUCUCCACCUCUGCCUCCCUUUCUCCCACCUGGGGGAUGUUUGGAGGAAUUUCUGGCAUUGGACUGGGAGAAACAGAAGCCCAGGCUUCUGGGCCCCAGCUGAGCCCUAGAGGAUCCUCCUUGCGGGGCAGAGUGGUCUCACUCACAUACACCCAGUUGGUUUGGAUCCCUAUCUCUGGGCAGGGUCUAGCAGGACUGCCAUUAUCUGGGGUGUGGCCUCUGCCACCAGAACUGUCCAGAGUGUUUUUAAUCAUGUUUGGAUAUUAGGUAUUAGCUCCUAGAGUAAUACGCCUGAGGCCAGGUCUGAACUGACUAGUCAGUGCCUCUUCAUCCCUGCCAGGCCCUUUGCCCAAGCCUUCAAGCUGAGGAUUAGACUGGCCAAUCAGAGGGCUGCUGGGCAUUCUUGUUCCUGAGGUCUUGAUGGCUAGAGCUCUAGCCCUUUGGGGGAGGGUGGGAUGGGUAAUGGUGUUUCCUCAGCACCGUCCAGGGGUGGGAAUUAUGUCUUCUGUCUCAUAUGUCUGGGUUUUUGGGGGCAGGACACGCUGUGGUGUGAGGGGCAGGAGCUUCCAAAAGCUCUAUGCAGCCCCACACAGUGUAGGCCCUCCCCACCCAGAGUGUCCCAUCAUGCUGGAGGCCAGCAGCUUCAAGGAGGAAGGCUGAGGUAGAACUCCUUUGUCCUCUCACUGGUUUUGGCUCCCUCAAUAAACUUCCUGUGGGAAACCUGC